AUGAGUCAAGACCAUUCACUACUUGCAUCAUCGCCAACAAUAAGCCUUCAACCAUCAUCACUCCGAGUGUUUCACGUUCGAGCUAAAAAAUCAGGAAAUAUUGUCCGAAUAACAAGAGAGGUUUAUACGCGAGAUGAUAUUUGGUGCCAAUCUAGAUCAUGUAAAAUAUGUAAACAUACCAAUCCUGUGUUGGAUGAACAAAUCUCUAGCGUGUUGAGCAAUGAUGAAUUUGAGAAGAGCAAUCAAUCUCCUUCUAAUGAACCAAUUGUUGAAAAGAAAGAUAAAAAGAAGAAAAAUUCAAAAACAACUUCCUCUUCAUCGAUUCCGAAGAAACCUUCCAUUCCCAAAAAUACAAUUAUUCAUUAUGUCAUUCCAACCAGUGAGACAAUUUUAAAAUAUUUAGAAAUAUUUGAAGUGAAUGUAACGCAAAACAUUAUUUUCUGUGAGACUGUUUUUGAUCAUAUUCAAAACAAUGUGAAACAAAGCAACAAGAUGACCAGUAGAAUUCGAACAAUUAUUUCAGAUAAAAACAAUCGAAAAAGUAUCAUGUUUAGUAAUGAACAUUCCAAUUCAACUGUGAUUACACCACGAACAGAGACUGAAACCAUUGACAUGAGAAAUGAAAGAGCAAUCUUAAAAACAGCGGAAUGGUAUGCCUCUCACUUAAAGGACACAAAGAUUUUAAUUAUUCUUCUGACUAUUGAUGAUGAACAAUCAAAGAGAAUGAAUGAAAUGAUCAAGAAUGAUCCUCUAUCAUCAGAUGUUACCUCUCUCAAGGUCAUGACUCUCAAAGAAUAUAUUUCUCAUCCAAACUAUUUAAGAGAUAAAUCUUCUUCUAUUGAUAUGGCACAAUUAUAUGAGAACGUUACAAUUACAAAAGAACAUGCCAUAGAAGAAGAUAAUGAGUUUGGUUUUACAGAUUAUUUAUCUCCGGAUGUCAUUGAAUUAGGUCUCAAAAGUGAUAAAUAUUUAAAAGGUGUUUUGAGAGUCAAUCAACACAAUUCUCGAAAUGCGCACAUUAAAACGACCAUCAAACAGAGUAAUGGAAUCGAUGAAGAAGAAGUACAAAUUAAAGUGAACAUUGAUGGAACUGCUGAUCGAAAUCGAGCAGUACAUGGAGACUCUGUGGUAGUUGAAUUGAAACCAAAAUCUGAAUGGAAAACAGUAACUGGAUCUAGAAAUGAUACUCAUGGAAUUCACGAUUCAAAAACAGAACCUACAGGAAGAGUUGUUGGUAUUUUAGAAAGAAAUUGGAGAGAAUAUGUGGCAUGUCUUGAAGAAAAUACAAAUCCAUCUACCGAUUGGGCUCUAGUAAUUCCAAUGGAUUCAAGAAUUCCAAAAAUUAGAAUCAAAACAAGACAAAAGGCUGAACUGGAAAACAUGAGAAUUAUUGUUAGAAUAAGUGAUUGGGAAAAGAAAUCAAAAUAUCCAAGUGGAUUCUAUGUGAGAACAUUGGGACCUAUUGGAGAUUUGGAUACAGAAACAGAAGGUCUUUUGGUUGAAAAUCAACUCUAUACCAGUACUUUACCAUUUAGUGAACUUGCACUUGGUGAAUUACCUCCAGUCUCAAAUGGAAGUGAAUUUAAAAUUCCACAAUCAGAAAUUCAAAAAAGAAGAGACAUUAGAAAAACACAUCUCGUUUGUUCCAUUGAUCCAAUUGGAUGUGAGGACAUUGAUGAUGCACUCUCUGUUCGGCGUUUACCAAACAACAAUAUUGAAGUUGGUGUUCACAUUGCUGACGUUGCAUAUUUUAUCAAAUACGAUGGGUAUUUGGAUUUGGAAGCAAGAAGACGAUCGACAACUGUUUAUUUAAUUGAUCGAAGAUUGGACAUGAUUCCAACGUUAUUGAGUGCAGAUUUGGCAUCCAUUCGACAAGGACAAGAUCGACUCUGUGUCUCUGUGUUUUGGGAAUUCAAUAAGGAAGGUCAAGUGGUUGACACGUGGUAUGGACGUACCAUUCUCAAUUCCAAAUAUGCUCUUCACUAUGAACAGGCAGAUGAAAUUGUGAAUGGUAAUUAUCCAAACAAGAAUCGUCCAAAAGCUGUGGUAGAGAGGAAUGGAGUAAUUGUAUGGAAAGAAGCUGAAGUACUAGAAGAGGACAUUCCUAAAUUGAAAAGAGAUAUUUCUACGUUACAACAAUUGGCAACAUUGAUUCAAGCGAAAAGACUUCAAGCUGGUGCUCUUGAAUUGAAUGAUUUAGAAGCAGUUUCUUUCAAAUUAGAUCAUUCGAAAAAGACGGUUGGUAUAGUCACAAAGGAUGAUCUUCAAAUUCAUCACACUGUUGCAGAAUGGAUGAUUUUAGCCAAUUCCUAUGUAGCUAAGAAAAUUUAUGAUUCAUUUCCAGUGGCUGCUUGUUUGAGAAGACAUCCUUAUCCAAUGAGAGAAAAAUUUCAACAAGUCAUCAAAGUAGCUGCUAGUAAGGGCUUUGAAAUUGAUUUAGAAUCAGGAGCGACAUUGGCUCAUUCUCUCGAUCAAGCCACAGAUCCAGAAGACAAGUUUGUGAAUUUAUUAAUUCGUUCUCUCACAACGAGAGCCAUGUCAGAAGCAGAAUAUUUCUCAACAGGAACAUUACCAGUCAAUGAUUUUUAUCAUUAUGGUCUUGCUCUUCAAUUUUAUACUCAUUUCACUUCUCCAAUUCGUAGAUAUGCAGAUAUUGUUGUACAUCGAUUGUUAUUGUGGGCAAUCAACAAUGAAUCUAAUCCAUUCUCAACCACUAAAUUGGAUGAAAUGACAAAAUAUAUGAACACUGUAAAUAGAGCAAGCAAAAUGGCUCAAAUGGAGAGUUCUGAAUGGUUUAAAGCGAAUUAUUUCAAAGAUCACAAAGAUACGGUUGAGGAUGCAAUUAUAUUUAAUCUAAAAUCAAAUGCUAUUUAUGUAUUUAUUUCAACAUUUAGAAUCAAAGGAAUUAUUUAUUUAACAACAAAGGAAGGAGAAUUUAUUUGUCCUGAGACUGAGAGAAAGAAAUAUCAAUUACCAGAGUUGAUGUCUCCCAUUCAAACUUACCACGGAUGGAAAGCAGAUAUUGAAUUCUCUGAAGAAAAUAUUAGAAACAUUGAAAUGACUGUUUCUCUAAAAAAAGUAGAUGACAACAAACAGGAGAGAUUUAAAUUCCACAUCUUUGAUCACGUACAAGUCAAGAUUAAUAUUGAUGAAUCACGAUCACAUUUACCGAAAGUGAAACUGGAAUUAGUGACUCUGAAAGCAAACAAGAUGACCUCUUUACUUGUCGGUAAUCAGGCUUCUUCAAAUGCCAGCAAGGAAAAGAAAUCUGUGGAAAAGAUGGCACUUCAAUCAUACAAGGAACAAAAACAAAGAGAAAAAGAGGCCAAGGAUAUUUUACCUCUCACCACAGCAGAAGAUGUUGAGUAUUUACAGAAAGGAAGUUUAUAUAAUUAUUUUCAAAGCACUCAAAAACAGUUUGCUGGUGUUAAAAUGACACUUCAUCAAGUCGAGUUAGAAGAAAUGAAAGAACUCACAAAGAAGAAGAAAGCGAUCGAGAAGAGAUUACAUGACAUUGCAGCCAUUAAAGAAAAGAUCAAACACAACGAGAACCUGGCAGAAGAAGAAAAAGCAAAACUAGAGUCCGAAGCAAAAUAUCAAAAGAAUUUAUCUAAGGUUGAAAAGUUGCUUGCCAAGAUGAAUUUGCAGUGA